AUGGGAGUCUUAGAAAGUCUUAUUGGAGAUCUUGAGGAUUCAGUGUUUCAUCCUAUGAUGAGUAACAACAGAGGAAGUAUGCUUCAAGAUCGUGUAUUCAAGCAAGAGAGGUUCAAACAUGCAAUUAAGACUAUGAAUGAGAUUGAAGAGACGCUUGGUGAUGUCACAAGGCAUCACUCACAGUGGCGCCAGCUUGUGGAUUCUGUUGAUAGUAGAGUAGACAAAAGUUUGUCCAUCCUACGCCCACAAAUUAUCGCAGAGCAUCGAGCUUUUCUCUCGUCUCUUGGCUGGCCACCGAAACUGGCAACAUCCAAAGUCGAGCAUGGAGAGGUUGAUAGCAUCCCAAAUCCUCUGCUCUUGAUGCAUGGAGAUAAAAAGGAAUCCUAUUCCCAAAGCUUUCUACUCCUCUGUGGUUUACAGCAACUUAAUACCCUGAAGGAAAAACGGAUGAAGAAGAUGCCCAAAGAAGACAACACUGUUGGACUUUGGGCGACCGAUGAACUGGUAAUACCUGUUGCAUCUCGGAUGGAGUAUCAUUUCAUGAAAUGGGCUGAACAACCUGAGUUCAUUUUUGCACUUGUUUAUAAAGUUACAAGAGACUUUGCUGAUGGUGUGGACGAUUUCUUACAGCCUUUGAUUGACAGAGCUAUGUUAGUAAGCUGUAGUGCUAAAGAAGCUUGGGUUUCAGCUAUGGUUCAGAUGCUAUCCUCUUUCCUAGAGAAGAAGGUUUUCCCUGGGCUUAUAGAAACUUUCAAGGAGAAGCGCAUGAAACCUGAAGAUAUAUCAUCGUGGUUCCAUCUGGUCGAUCAGAUGGUUACAUUUGAUAAACGGAUGCAGUCGUUUGUAAACUCAGACACUUGUCUCUCUUACGAAGGCUCUUCGGUAGCGUUUUCUCAAGGUAUGUCAGUAAUGGGGCUGUUUUGUAAGAAACCCGAGUGGCUCAAGACCUGGGGCAAGAUUGAGCUGAAGGAUGCUUAUAGAAAACUUAAAGAGGAUAUCAAGGAUGAGAAAGCUUGGGCAGUUGAUAGUCAAGGAACUAGACUUGGUAAUGAAUCCAACUCACGAUCUGCAAAGUAUGUUCUGUCUACAAGAGAAGAUUACAAGGCGCCAUUUGUAGCAGACUCUUUUCUUAGUAGGACGUGGACGUUGAUAGACCAUGGUCUAUCUCUACCGGCGAUCCUGCCGAGGAUACAAUUUGUAAGAGCCACUGCCACCAAAUUUCUGUGGUCUACAUUCAGAAUUAUGUUACUGGAGUUCAAGAAGACUGAUCUCUCCAACUAUUAUUCCUUUGAUGAUGCACUGAUACAAGCCUGUGGACCGAUUAAUGCUGCUCGGUAUCUCGAAUCGAAACUACGAGAAUGGAGUGAUGAUUUGGUUUUCGUGGAGAUGUGUGCUGCGGAAACCAGUCUCAAAGUUGGUAGAGAGACUGAAGUUUCCUGCCAAGGCUGCUUUUUCGGGGAAGAACUGAAAAGCCUUGUUGAGUUGGAAACAAAUUGGCUUAUGGAGAUUAUAACAGUGUGUCUCCACCAAUUCGACAAUCUUUGCAGCGAAUACUUCCACAACAGUGCGGUCUCAUGGGAGCAGGACGUCGUCACUACAGGUUCCAGCGAAUUAACAGUGUCCCAGGGUAUCGCAGAAGCAUUGGACAGUUUAAGAAGGCAGCUUUGUGUUCUUGAGCUGAACAUAAACCCGAAAGACUUCUUGGACUUGUGGAGGAAUCUCGCGGAAGGGCUCGACCAUUACGUUUCUUGUAAAUUUUUCUCAGGGGAAACUGUAUUCCUAAGAAAAAGGUUCGAGGUCGACGCAGAGGCACUUCUCAUGGUGUUUCAACCUUACUGUGUUCGACCUGGUGCAUUUUUCCCUCGCCUGAGAGAUAUUCUUAGGUCGCAAUGGAAGUAA